AUGUUUUGGUAUUUGUUAAUAAUUUUCGAUGUAAUACUGCAUUCAGUUUUAUCACUUUUAGAGACGGAAAAGCUCCCACAUUUCGCACUUCGUAGCUUCUUGUCUACCAACGAUAUCGUUUAUUUUAAUUUCCCCAUACCACAGCACACGUUCAUUACCAAACUCUCAAUAUCCGUAACCUUUCAUGACUGCGAUCCCGAAAACAUUAGUUUUACCCUUCGUGCAGGAUCUUUUCCUGUGGUCAGACCAUUUGGUGUUCCAAUGCCUAACGGUGUUUUAGCUCCCAAAAACUCUCAUUCACUCAAUAUAUCGAUUAAGAAACCGUUUAACUUGACGUUUGGUGCUGAAGAUUGUGGAACGUACUCUCAAUUUAAUGUGAAGUCAAUUAGUCUUAGAAAUGCAGCAAACAUAGACAUUAAUAUCAUUGGACCUGUCAUUGGUAUGUGGUAUAUUGGUGCUUAUAUGACAGCCUCAUUUCAGAAAGAAUGCAUAGCAUGGUUACUGCCAUCCGUCAGACACGACAUUUCCUACAUUGAUGGACUUAUUUCAUAUAAUUAUAAUGCUCAACUAAAACACAACCAAUCGAUUUCUUACGAAAAAACACUCUUUGAGGGUAUCUCUAAGCUUCCUAGUAGAUCGGCACUUGAUUCUCCUUCAGUAGAAAAACUGUUUCUCCGGAAAAAAAGACGUAAACCUCUUUAUCAUUCUGUAGUUCAGUCUACAGCGGAUCAACCUACACACAAUUCUUUGACACUCCCAAGUUCAUCAACAGAAUCAAUCAACGUUAAUCCAUAUCGUGUAAAGAAUUUAUCAUUCUUGGUGUCACCAUUCGAAUUGGAACUGGCUCCCGUAGAAAGCAGAUUAUACUUACUAGCCAUUAUGGAUGAAAUGACUAGUGUUGAUGUAAUAUUAGAGGAUUGUAGAAUUGUUACACCGAUUGCUCCGUCUGUUGGAAAUAUUUCGGAGUCCAAACACAGUAAUAAUUCAACUUCAAAAGAGACAACAAAAUCAUCCCUACAUCCUAACUUGCCUUAUGAGAUUAUAUUUGAUUCUUCUGCCUGUCCAAUCAUUAUUGAUGGUAGUGUUGAAGCUUUACCACCUAGUGUUUCUUAUCUACAUCAAUCUCAAGAAUUUAGAGUUUCCAAAACAAAUAAAUCUAAAUAUAGGACUGAUUUUUCAUCGAAUAUUGAUCUUCCAUCUUCAAACACUUCUAAUUAUACUAGGGAUUCAAGCACUCAGAGAAUAUUUCGCUUAUUAGGACUUCGAGGUUCUCAAAUCAAUCAUUAUCUGUACAUUCUUAAUCGAGCUUCUCAUGUUGCUGUGUACAUACGACUGGUUAUAAUUCCAAAAUUCGGUUGUUCACUCAUGAGAAAUUCUAGAAAUUUCCAACAUGAAAAUUACUUGUAUCGGCAAUCUCAAGAAAUUUCUUCACAAUUUUUAUCAAUUCAACAUGAAAAUAAAUCAUUAAAAAAUAAAGUUGAUUUUAAUCGAACAAAUAAUUUUACAAAUUAUCAUUUAUUAUUCAGUCAAUCCUUAUUACCAUGGAUUAAUUCAGAUUGGCCAGAAUUAACACCAGAAUAUGGUAAAAAGAAAUGGUUAAAAAUGCAUUAUUCAACAAAUGAACAAGAACGACAACAACAAUUAAUUCUAUCGAAUUUUGAAUCAUUUCAUUUGGAACAUCCAGCUUAUGAAAAUUUACCAUUAUGUUAUAUAUGGCCUACUCCAACACGUGUUCAAUUACCAGUGAAAUUUACUUAUCAUUUUACUUAUCAACCUGAUUUUGGACGGUAUGCCAGUCUACUUCAUUUGAAACCAUGGCAUAUUGUUAUUAUACCGAUAACAUUAAAUUCAGUAAUGGAUAUUUCAAGUGUUCUUGAGAUUGCUUUACAACUUAAUGCAUUAAAUGUUUCAUGGCAAUUCAAUGAAACAUACAGAGAGCCUUUACCACGUCAAAUUAUUCUACAUGGUUGUUUUGCUAGACAUUUAACUAAUACACCGAAAGGUUUCACAGAUAUACAUCAAUGCCCGUUAUGGAUUCGUCUAGCUACAGAUCAUGGUUUAGCAGUGUCUGUAGCUCAUGCUAUUUCAUCUGCUGCUUCUAUAGUUUUUGCUUCUAGUCAAUCACCACGUCGAAGUGAACGACCACCUAAUAUUGAUACUGCUUUCAAUGAAAGUGUUGAUCGAAGUUUUUUAUUCUUUCCUUAUCCAACACCUGGACGUUGGUAUCUUAGUUUAUAUCCAGAAUGUUAUACAGCAUAUGAUGCAUUUUGUGGAUUUGAUCAGUCGGCAGUUAUUGAUGUUUCACUUAUAAUACGUUCAACUCCAUGUAUCAAUAAUCGUUGUCGACAGAUCGGUGAAGGAGGUUCACUAGCACCAUCUCGUCUUCUAUAUCCGAGAGGAUUAAUAGUAAAUACAUCUCGUUCUAGAGAUGGAAGUCAACGAUGGCGUCCGCCAUGGUGGUCAUUUGAUGAGGCUGAUAAUAAUAAUAAUAAUAAUAAUGAAAAUUACCGUUUUAAAUAUAACAGUCCAUUUGAAUAUGUUCCAAUGAAAAAAAUUGGUAAAAUACCUGGUGAAGGUAUAUGUAUUAAUCUUUUCCAACGAUCAAUUCAUGUGUCAACAUGUGCAUGUCCUAUUGGUUAUGGUGGUCUAGGUUGUAUGCCAUUACGUACAGAUUAUUUUCAAACUUUUGGACUUUAUCCAAAUAAACGAAUAAUCUUAUCAUAUGAUGCAUUAAUAUUGGCAUUGUCAAAUUUUGGUUUUAUACCAGCAAUUCUACUGACUGUUAUUCAUCGACUUUGGAUACCGGCAUUAGUGUAUGGAUAUACUUUUCUUUUUUCUACACUUUAUCAUAUUUGUGAUACAGAUUCUAAUUUAAUACCAGGCUAUAAUGUAAUGCAUAUACCGAAUUAUGUUGGUGCUAGUUGGCUUUAUCAAUCGACAGAUAUUGCAUUUAAAAUGAAUAUUCCAAUUAGUAGUAGUAGUAGUAGUAUUAGUAGUAGUAUUGGUAGUAGUAGUGCUAGUAAAUCAUUUGUAUAUUCACAAUUUGCUUCAUCAAUCUGUGUAUUACCAGUGGAUACAUUAUCAUUUUGUGAUUUUUUCGGUGGAAUAUUUUCAAUUUGGGUAAGUGCAUUAACAGCAGCAGCUAUACCUAUGAAAUAUACUCAAUGUGCAUUAAUUAUUGGAGCAUUAUUGCUGACAGUGGCAGUACAAAUUGUUCGUUAUUCUAUUGGUAUUAUACUAGUCCCAUUAUUGAUUGGAUUGAUUAUUAUUCUUUAUUCAUGGAUAAAUUUAUGUUUAAAGUUGAAAUGUUUAUUUCCACCAAUUCAAUGGUGGUUAAUUGGAUUUCUACCAGGUGUUCUAUUAGCCACUGGUGGUGCAUUAAUGUUUUUUCAUGAACAAUCAUCUAUACAUAAUCAAUAUACUAAAUAUCAUAGUAUUUGGCAUAUAUUAAUUGGUUUAUCAUUAGCUUGUUUUCUUCCAUGGCCAUAUCGUUGGCGUCUAGCGUUGAGUCCAAUUAUACCAAUGCAUAAAUCAUUAUCAUGUGGUAAUUUAUCAAAACAUUCUAUUUGUAAUAAUUAUAAUCUGACAAAUAUGAAUUCAUUAGUAGUGAUACCUGUGGAAUUAAUAUCGAAUGAAUUAGAAACUUUUCCUAUUCAUAAUAAUAAUAAUAAUAAUAAUAAUAAUAAUAAUAAUAAUAGCAAUACUAAUAAUAAUAGUAAUUUAGAAGCAGAUAAUAAUAAUAAUAAUAAUAAUAAUGUUAAUCAUUCCAACGAUUAUGUCACAUUAACAAAAUUAUCACAUAAAUCAAUUGUAAUUAAAAAAUUUAUGAAUAUUUUAAAGAAUUUAUCUAAUUCUACAUGUCGACUGUAUCAAAAGUUUACUACACACAUUGAUAAACAAUUUCAAUUGAAUUUUCUACUUGAUCCAUUAUGUAAACGUUGGCCAAAAUUGAAAUGGAUAUUACCUUAUGGUUACAAGCCAAAGAACAUUCUUUCUACUGAUAUUCAAACAGACUAAACUACCUCAUCCCUCUUAUUAAAUACUCGAUAGGAUUUCGUAAUUCUUCAUUUAUAGUAAAAAAAAACAAUGAGACAAUCACGUAACUUAACUAGUCAGAAUAAGUUUACUAGAUUUUAUUCUUAUUUCAUUGUUUUUGUAAAUUGAUAAUUGUCAAUUAACUGAUUUUUUUUGUUCAAAUGUAUUUGUGUUUUUUUUUUUAAAUUACAAUCUUUCAAUGUAUGUAGAUGGUGUUCAAUAAUUUGUAUAGAAAUGUUGUUACAUUCUACAAACAUGUAUGUAUGUGUUGAGUAUUUUUCGAAUAGGAAAAUUA